GCAGAGCGAGAUCGCGUCCGCAGAGCUCAAAUGACGGAGGCAGAGAUUGAGCAGCAGAAGAAGUGGCGUGAAAAGAUCUCAAGGGCAGAGCACGGGACGGCAGACAGCGCUAAUCCAGCGAAAGCAGCGACGGGCAAGAGAAAGCGGCAAAAAAAACGCAGCAACAGGGGUAGCAGCAGUAGGAGCAGCAGCAGUAGGAGUAGCAGCAGUAGGAGUAGGAGUAGCAGCAGUAGGAGCAGCAGCAGUGGCGACGCGCGCGAAGACUUAGCUUCCAACGCAGCCGCCAAGCAACUUCGACAGCCUCAACAAGAACAGCCAGAAGGAGGGCUGUUGCUGAGGGCGCCAGGCAUGGAAGGCUCUCGUCUCGAGGCUGCGAUGAAGAAGAAUUUCGAAGAGACGGAGCAGCGGAGGCAGCACGCAGCUGACAAGAUGCAGAAGAAACUGCAGAAGCGGCUGCGGGAGCGCCAUGGCAUGCUGCAACAAGAGAUCGCAAAGCUGUCUUCAGUCUUGGGGGCUGAGUUCGUCGCAUCGAAGGAAUUCCGGGGAGGGAAGUUGGGAUACGUUUUCAAGAAGGGAGCCGAAGGGAAAAAGAAGAAGAAGCAUUCCAAGAGCAGCAGCAGCAGUAGCAGCAGCAGUAGCAGUAGCAGCGAAGACGAGCCAGAAAUGCGACAGCCUUCCCACGCUGGCGCUGCGGCAGUUGCUUCGCCUCCUGCAGCAGCAGAAGCAGCGAGAGAAGGAGGAGCAGCAGCAGCAAGAGAAGGAGCAGCAGAAGCAGCACUGGUGGCUGCAAGGCCUAAUGUGGCCGUGUUGGAAGCAGCAGCUGCUGAGCUGCAGCAGAGAGCUGAAGCGGAAGAGGACGGCAGUUCCUCUGAGGAUGACGGUGUUGGACCGAAACCGAUGGAAGUGACGAAUAAGUUGGCGCACAAGAACGUGGACUACGGUUUCGCUCUGCGUCCUGGAGAAGGUGAAGCCAUUGCGCAGUUCGUCCAGGAAGGCAAGCGUAUUCCUCGAAGAGGAGAGGUUGGUUUAACAGCCGAGGAAAUUUCGAAUUUUGAAAAUCUUGGAUAUGUCAUGAGCGGCUCAAGACAUCGCAAGAUGAAUGCCAUCCGUAUCCGCAAGGAAAACCAAGUGUACAGCGCCGAGGAGCAGAGGGCUUUGGCGAUGAUCAACUAUGAGGAGCGUGCAGCGAGGGAGAGUCAGCUCAUCUAUGACUUGCGGGAAAUGCUGAAGAAGCAGAACGAAGCGCUUUUCUCAGAAGAAGUAGAAGAAGCCCACAAAUAA